GCGGAGGGAGAACGGAGGUCUGUAGGAAGAGCUGAGCUUCUGUUUUGCGAUCCAGAUGGAGCAGAAAGAGAUCUGACGCCGCUGUGCUGCUGCUGCUGGAUCCUCUUCAACUCCGUGCUGGCUGAAGACACGAGUCGAGUUCACACCGAGGACGAGCUCUUCCGGAGUCUGUUUGGAGGCUACAGCAAGUGGACUCGUCCGGCGCAGAACAUCACGGAUGUCGUCAUCGUCAAGUUUGGCCUUUCGAUCGCACAGCUGAUAGAUGUGGACGAGAAAAAUCAGAUGAUGACCACCAACGUGUGGCUGAAACAGGAGUGGACAGAUUAUAAGCUGCAGUGGAGUCCCUCCGACUUCGACAACGUGACGUCCAUCAGAGUUCCUUCUGAGCUCAUCUGGGUGCCGGACAUCGUGCUCUACAACAAUGCAGAUGGAGAGUUCGCCGUCACCCACAUGACCAAGGCCCAGCUGUUCCACACCGGUCGGGUUCGCUGGGUUCCUCCAGCCAUCUACAAAUCCUCCUGCUCCAUCGACGUCACCUUCUUCCCCUUCGACCAGCAGAGCUGCAAGAUGAAGUUCGGAUCGUGGACGUACGACCGGGCCAAGAUCGACCUGGAGCCCUUGGAGAACACCGUGGACCUGAAGGACUACUGGGAGAGUGGAGAGUGGGCGAUUGUCAAUGCCGUGGGAACCUACAACACCAAAAAGUACGACUGCUGCCACGAGAUCUACCCCGACAUCACGUACUACUUCGUGAUCCGCCGCCUGCCGCUGUUCUACACCAUCAACCUGAUCAUCCCCUGCCUGCUCAUCUCCUGCCUCACCGUCCUGGUCUUCUACCUGCCGUCCGACUGCGGCGAGAAGAUCACGCUGUGCAUCUCGGUGCUGCUGUCGCUCACGGUCUUCCUGCUGCUCAUCACCGAGAUCAUCCCGUCCACGUCGCUGGUCAUCCCGCUCAUCGGCGAGUACCUGCUCUUCACCAUGAUCUUCGUCACGCUGUCCAUCAUCAUCACCGUGUUCGUGCUGAACGUGCACCACCGCUCGCCGGAAACCCACUCCAUGCCCAGGUGGGUUCGCAGGUGCUUCCUGUCGGCGGUUCCACGAUGGCUGUGCAUGAAGCGACCGGACCACGAGCUGAGGCCCGGCAGGCGGAGGCACCUGACCGAUAAACUCCUCGCCAUCCGGACCCCGGGUUCCUGCCACUGCACCUCCACCUGGAUCACUCAGGAGUCCGACAUCGAUCUCCAUGGUUACCAGGAUGACUGCCACCAGCUGGCCUCCUUGGAAACCAAAGGCGAAGCUAACGACUGCGACCUCCAUCCACACACACAUGACUUUUCAAGGUUUGGGGUGAAGCUGGCCGGUCGUUCCAGGAUCUCUUCUCCACCUUCCCCUCGCUCUCUGGGCUACACCCUCCUCCCACAGAGGCAGUCCACGCUCAGCCUGGACUGGGACACCCCUCCUGUGGAACAUGGUUUGGUCCAGAGCCCCUUGGCCUCUGUGCUGUCUCCCGCGGUGGUAUCGGCCCUGGAGGGGGUCACCUACAUCGCAGAGCACCUAAAGGCAGAAGAUGCAGACUUUUCAGUGAAGGAGGACUGGAAGUACGUUGCCAUGGUAGUAGACCGGAUCUUCCUGUGGAUGUUCAUUAUCGUGUGUCUGCUGGGGACGAUUGGACUCUUCCUGCCUCCGUGGCUCUCUGGGAUGAUUUAGAACCAAAAUGGAAAUCACAUUAACAUGACUAAAAAUCUACUUCAUGAAUAAAAUUAUCCGAUAAAGUGGACAGGCAUAUCCCAGAAGCACGGAAAGAAAAAAAGUCUAUUAAUGAACAGUAAAGCAUACUUUUUAGCUUCUCACAACAAAUCCAACAAAUUCGACAUUUUAUAUUGCCUUUAAAAAUUAUUCACCCACUUUUGGAAGUUUUCCGCUUUUAUUGCUUUUCAACAUUGAAUCAUGGUUGAUUUAUUUGGCUUCUAUGACAAUAAUGUACAAAGUAUGACGUUUAUGUCAAAGUAGAACUAAUUAAAAAUAUAAAAUGUAAAGUAAGUGAUCCAAGAAGUGCUCACCCCGUUUACCAUGACGAAUUUAACAUAGAAGUCAGCUGGCACGAGUUUAGUGAAGUAAAGAUUAUAUGAGUGCAGUGAAUGUGCCUCAGUGAUUCUAAUGUAAAGACAUCUGUAUCUGGACGGUCCAGUGACUGGUGAAUCAGUGCUUCUUCAUAGAACUAGACUAUGAUGACAAAAGAACACUUCAAGCAAUUCUGUGAAAAGGGUAUUGAAAAGCAAACAUCAGGGGAUGCAUUCAAAAAGUCACUGAAUAUCUCUUGGAGUCCAGUUAAUCAUUUUAUUGAGCAAAUGCACAAAAAAUGCAAAAUUCUGUUAAAAAUUCAAUCAAAAGUGAUUUUAAAUUUUGCUAUUUUUAAAUAAAACUUCAUCUGUGUGAUCCACAA